AUGAGCGACCUUCAGUACCUCGAUAUCGCCGACGCAAAUAUCUCCAGCCAAAUCCCUAAACAACUCAGCAACCUCACGAAACUCGAAUCGCUCUUCCUCUUCAAGAACCAACUCACCGGAAAACUCCCGGCGGAGCUCAGCAAAAUCUCCACCCUCAAAAGCUUAGAUUUCUCACUAUAUUUAACGGGCAAACGUAAUAUCAAGACGAAUGUUCGACUCAUUUUGUUCCCACUUUUCUUGUGUUUGUUACUACUUCUCAUCCAAAAAUGGGUGAACUAUGAAAUAGAUAAGCCCUCAAGAAGGUGUGGAUGCAUUUGUGUCGAUACCGGGAAGGGCCAAUGUGAAACAAGGUGUGGGAUCGAAUACUCGACUCUGAAACAAGGCUUCUUUUGUUCCAUUCCUCAUCCUACAGAAUGGCCUCUGUUAUUACAAGUGCCAGCUCAGCAAUUUCGUGCUGUAAGAACGUCCGAUCAUCUUGUAUCAUCGUACGGAGACCUACCUGGAGAUUCAUGCAAGAAAACGGGUUCCUGUCCCGUAACAAUGCUUAUCACAGGAAAUAACCAAACAUUUGGUCAAUCUGUGGCUGGAAACAUGUUCUCAAAACCAUUCAACAACAUAAAUUCCUCAGAUAGUUUGUACAACUUAGCAGAUAAUGCCUUGGGUUCGGAAACCGAGACUCGGUUCGAUAACGUUCUCGAUGCCGCAUUUCUUUUAAAUGCUCCCAUCGAUUUUCUUCAGCCUCAGUGUCCAUCAAAUUUUCGGUUUUCUCUUGCUUUCCGAUUAGGUUCCGAUACAUUAGAGAAGGAUGUUCGUUGCUCUCAAGUCGUACAAUUGUGGCGCAAUAGUUCUUCCGAGAUUAACGAUGUGCUAUACAGGGGUUACCGUAAGGGGAACUCUGAGAGAAAGAUUAACGAGAUUUUAGCAGCUUAUGAUUUUGUGAAUUCAAACGAUAAUCUGUUCAACGUUACCGUAUGGUACAAUUCGACCUAUAAGAAUGACAAAGGCAGCCAGCCUAUUUCCUUGACACGGCUGCCUCGUUCAAUAAAUUUGGUUUCAAAUGCCUAUCUCCAACUUCUGCUUGGACCAACUGCGAGAAUGGUUUUCGAGUUUGUGAAAGAAAUGCCAAAGCCCGAAACGAAACUCAGGCUGGAUUUCUCUUCUCUCCUCGGGCCACUCUUCUAUACAUGGGUUAUUGUACAGCUCUUUCCUAUCAUAAAGUUUGCUAUUUUGGUUUGUGGUUUUUAUUCUUGGGUAAAUUACACCUACACCCACGAGGUUACACUAACAUAUUUGGUCUACGAGAAAGAGCACAGACUAAGAAUUAUGAUGAAAAUGCACGGGCUCGGAGACGGACCGUAUUGGAUGAUAUCUUACGCUUAUUUUCUAGCAAUAUCUUCAGUCUACAUGCUAUGCUUUGUCAUAUUUGGCUCGGCCAUCGGAUUAAACUUCUUCAGACUAAAUGAUUACAGCAUCCAGUUUGUGUUUUAUUUUCUCUACAUAAACUUGCAAAUCUGUUUGGCUUUUCUUGUUGCUGAUUGGUUUUCUUCCGUGAAAACUGCUACAGUUGUGGGGUAUAUGAUGGUAUUCGGAACUGGGCUAUUGGGUGGCUUCCUUUUCCAGUUGUUUCUCCAAGACUCUUCAUUCCCAAAAGCAUGGAUAAUCGCUAUGGAGUUAUUUCCAGGAUUUUCCCUCUAUCGCGGGUUAUACGAGUUUUCGCAAUACGCCUUCAAUGGAAACUAUAUGGGAAGUGAUGGAAUGCGAUGGAAUGAUUUAAACAAUAGCAAUAACGGAAUGAGGGAAGUCUUGAUCAUCAUUGCAGUUGAAUGGUUAGUCGUUCUUUGUGUUGCAUAUUAUGCAGAUCAAGUUGCGUCUUCUGGAAAAAAUCCCCUAUUUUUCUUGCGGAAAAAGCCAAAGAAUCUCCAAUCGUCUUUCCGUAAACCUAGCUUGCGAAGGCAGGGUUCUAAAGUUUUUGUUCAGAUGGAGAAGAUUGAUGUUGACCAAGAGAGGGAGAAGGUUGAACAGUUACUACUUGAAUCGAGUACAAGUCAUUCAAUCAUAUGCAAUAAUCUCAAAAAGAUAUAUCCAAGUAGGGAUGGAAAUCCCGAGAAAUUUGCAGUAAGAGAGCUCUCACUUGCUUUGCCGGAGGGAGAAUGCUUUGGCAUGCUUGGUCCUAACGGUGCUGGCAAAACUUCAUUCAUCAACAUGAUGAUUGGGCUCGUAAAGCCAAGCUCUGGAACUGCAUACGUUCAAGGACUAGAUAUACGCACUGAUAUGGAUAGAAUAUAUACCAGCAUGGGUGUGUGUCCGCAACACGACUUGUUGUGGGAUAUGUUAACGGGACGAGAGCAUCUACUUUUCUAUGGAAGGCUUAAAAAUCUCAAAGGUGCUGCCCUAACACAAGCAGUGGAAGAAUCUCUCAAGAGUGUGAACUUAUUUCAUGGCGGGGUGGCAGACAAACAAUCGAGGAAAUACAGUGGAGGCAUGAAGAGGAGACUUAGUGUCGCCAUUUCACUUAUCGGAGAUCCAAAAGUGGUGUAUAUGGAUGAGCCGAGUACUGGAUUGGAUCCUGCUUCAAGAAACAUGUUGUGGGACGUAGUGAAACGCGCUAAGCAAAACAGAGCUAUAAUUCUCACCACGCAUUCGAUGGAAGAGGCAGAGCAUUUAUGUGAUCGUCUCGGAAUUUUUGUCGAUGGAAGGUUGCAAUGUGUCGGAAACCCGAAUGAGCUCAAGGCUAGAUAUGGAGGAUCGUAUGUAUUCACGAUGACAACAUCACAGAUUCACGAGGAAGAAGUAGAGAACUUGGUAAACCAACUCUCACCGAACGCAACAAAGGUAUACCAAAUCUCGGGUACACAAAAGUUCGAGUUGCCAAAAGACGAGAUAAGAAUAGCAGAUGUGUUUGAAGCAGUCGAGAAUGCAAAGAGUAGAUUCACCGUUCAGGCGUGGGGUUUGGCAGACACGACAUUAGAGGAUGUAUUUAUUAGGGUUGCAAGAGGGGCUCAAGCAGACAGUACUCUCUCGUGA